AGCAACGUUUAUAGUCGUCAUUUUUCACAGGCUGGCCAUCGUUUAUGAAUGAAGAAAAAAAAUUAGUUGACAAUGUAAAUAUUUGAAAGUAAACAACACUUUUAGCAGAAAUAUUAUGCCUUUCCUCCAACCAAAUUAAAUUUUAAUAUGCCAACCCGAAGCCGAAGUGGGUCUCGCUCGCGCUACUCCCGCGCGGAGCAGCACGCGCCGACGCGGCCGCCCACCGUCGUGGUGACGCCGAUGCCGCGCCGCUCCGUGUUCCGUGACGCAGCGGCCGUGGCGGGUGGCGUCACUGUUGGCACUACUAUGGGUCAUUUAGCCGGUGAAGCGAUCACCAGCCUUUUCACGGGCCGCCGUCGGGAGGAGGUGAUGCACUCACUACCCCGCAACUACGAGCUCGGUACAGAACCCAGCGGCCCGUGCGCGUACGAGAUCGCGCAGUUCCUGCAGUGUGCAGCGCACCGCGAGAACUUGCAGGAGUGCGAGGCUUUCAACGAAGCGCUCUUGGAGUGCAAACGGCGGAACCGUUAGUUUUGAUGUUACGAGAAAUUUAAACCAGGAAUUAGAUGCAUAUGGUUUACCUUGAAGAUACAUUUCCAUCUAAGCACCCAAAAAUCAUCUGUAUAAUAUGAACUGUGAAUAAAACCAUAUCUACAGAA